GGGACUAAAACGACUUCGUAGAAAGUACAGUCGGCUACUAGGAGAGAUUCCAGAUGUUGGGUAAAACUUGCUUUGGGAGGAGUCCCAUAUUUAGAUCUUUGUGUAGGCUUGGCCUAUGACACGUGACAGAUUUCCCAAGUAGUUCUUGCACAGGGCAUCAAUUUGAGCGCUCAAGGGUCAGCAAAUAGAAGUAGCACCCAAUCACACCAGUUUAUUUUUUAGUGGUGCUGAUACGCGCGAGAGGGAUUCAGUGAAGUCGCACUGCGCAACGAUGAAGGACAACAUUUCAAACUGAGUGAAAGGAUAAAGUUUGGAAACAGCUUUACAACUUUACUGUUUAGUGUAGCUUUAAAAUUACUUCGAAACGCAGUGGUCAUUGGAAACGUUGCUGUGCAGCGCAAUGGCUGCCCAGUGCGAUUCUUUGAGCGGAUACUUGCACCAGUCGGACCAGGGCUCGAACAGCGAGCGCAGUGACUCCCCAAUCCCCGGAUCCGAAGAUGACUUGAGCGGACCCCAUGUCUUACCAGACCCAGAGUGGACGGAGGAAAGAUUUCGAGUUGACCGCAAGAAACUGGAAGUCAUGCUACUAGCAGCCACCGAAGGAAGGAUCAACGGAGGGGAGGAUUUCUUCCAGAAGGUGAUGGAUGAGACCACAACACAGAUAGCCUGGCCUUCCAAACUGAAGAUCGGAGCCAAGUCCAAAAAAGACCCCCACAUCAAGGUGUGUGGAAAGAGAGACAACGUGAGGGAAGCCAAAGACAGGAUCAUGUCAGUCCUGGACACCAAGAGUAACCGCGUCACCCUGAAGAUGGACGUGUCCCACACAGAGCACUCCCACGUCAUCGGGAAGGGGGGCAACAACAUCAAGAAGGUGAUGGAGGAGACCGGCUGCCACAUCCACUUCCCAGACUCCAACCGUAACAACCAGGCGGAGAAGAGCAACCAGGUGUCCAUCGCUGGCCAGCCUGCAGGAGUGGAGGCAGCACGGGCCAAAAUACGAGAGCUGCUACCUCUGGUCUUAUCGUUCGAGCUCCCUGCCCAGCCUGACCCGUCCUCGCCCGCCGUGCAGCACAUCUCCCAGACGUACGACCUGAACGUGUCCUUCAAGCCCCCCGGACGCCUCUACAGCUCCACCGCCGUGGUCCGCGGCUCCCAGAACAACGCCAGCGCCGUCAAGAGAGGCACCGCCAUCCUGCUGGAGCACCUGACAGGCAGCCUGGCCGGAGCCAUCUCCGUGUCCACCCACCUGGACAUCGCCCCCCAGCACCACCUCUUCAUGAUGGGCCGCAACGGCAGCAACAUCAAACACAUCACCCAGCGCACCGGCGCCCAGGUCCACUUCCCCGACCCCAACAGCCCCCAGAAGAAGUCCACCGUCUACAUCCAGGGCACCAUCGAGUCAGUCUGCUCCGCACGACAGCACCUCAUGGGUUGCCUGCCCCUGGUGCUGAUGUUUGACAUCAAAGAGGACAUCGAGGUGGAGGCUCAGUACACCACGGCUCUGAUGGAGCAGCUGGAUGUCUUCAUCAGCAUCAAGCCCAAACCCAAACAACCCAGCAAGUCUGUGAUCGUUAAGAGCGUGGAGAGGAACGCGGUCAACAUGUACGAGGCCAGAAGGUUCCUCCUGGGGCUGGAGAACCCCGCCGGUUCUUCCACCUCCUCGUUUUCGUCUGCGGCCGUGUCCCACACCAACGCUCCCUCCCCCUCCCUCAUCGGCCUGGACAUCCUGGCCUCAGCUGGACUGGGGCUGAGCAGUCUGGGUCUCCUGGGGGCGUCCGUGCCCCACUCCCUCAGCAGUUCCCCGCUGCCCAACUCUGUCCUCAAUAGCCUGAACUCCUCCAGGAGUGCCUUGCAGAGCCCCAGCGCCCCCUCUCCCUCGCCCUCCCUCUGGGCCAGCUCACUGUCCGCCUCCCAAGCUUUCUCCUCUUCUCUGCUGAUGCACCCUGUCGCCCAGGCCACCCUCAACAGCAUCCUGAUGUCUGGGGUACAGGGCUACAGCCACAACACCCCCUCGCCCCCGCCAGGCCUGGCCCCCAUCGACAAGCAGACCAACGGGGCCCCUGACUGCACCAAGGGCCCCUGCACCCUCAAUGGGCACGUGAAGCACCCCUGCUCAGUGUAUGGGAGGAUGUCCACUGCAUCACGGACAGACUCAGGCCUGAACCCAAACCAGUGUGACUCAGUCCAGGAGGCCAGCGGCCACAACCCCUCAGAGCCCAUGUCCAGCAAGUCCAACCAAGACGAAGACUCUGACACUUUUGUUGAAGUGGGCAUGCCCAGGAGCCCGUCUCACUCAGCCAAUGGGAACGAGCUGGAGAAGAUGCUGGCUUCCUGUAAGACGUCGUCAGGGAAACGGCAGGCGGUGGAGCUUCUGCAGGGGACCAAGAACUCCCAUCUCCACUCAGACCGCCUGCUGUCGGAGGGGGAGUGCGGCUCGUCCGACGGGGGCGUGGCCGAUAAGAGAGCUCCGGGCAGCGAGCGGGCGGCCGAGCGAGCGGCGCUGCAGAGCGAGAGAGAGAGGAACCGCCUGACGCCUCAGGCUGCCUUCGCCAGCAUGCAGGCGUUUGACUAUGAACAGAAAAAACUGUUAGCAACCAAAGCCAUGUUGAAGAAGCCGGUGGUGACGGAGGUGCGGACCCCCACCAACACGUGGAGCGGUCUGGGGUUCUCCAAGUCCAUGCCUGCAGAGACCAUCAAGGAGCUCCGUAGGGCCAACCACGUUCCUUACAAACCCUCCAUGAGCACCACCUUCGAGGGCUGUCCCCUGUCCCUGUCUCGCUCCAACAGUCGCGAGUGCAUCGGCAACGGCAGCGACUCCGACAAUUGGCGGGAACGGAACGGAGGGGGCGUGGGCGGGCUGCCCGGACACCCAGAAUUCCCCGCUCCCGUCGGCAGCCCCAAGAGGAAGCAGAACAAGUCUGCUGCAGAGCUCUACCUCAGCAGCAGUAACUACAUGGACUGCGUGUCUUCGCUCAGUGGCAGCAACGGCUGCAGUCUCAACUCGUCGUUCAAAGGCUCUGAGCUGCCGGAGCUGUUCAGCAAGCUGGGCCUGGGGAAGUACACGGACGUGUUCCAGCAACAGGAGAUCGACCUGCAGACGUUCCUCAGCCUGACCGACCAGGACCUGAAGGAGCUGGGCAUCACCACGUUCGGAGCCCGCCGGAAAAUGCUGCUCGCCAUCUCAGAACUGAAUAAGAACAGGCGGAAGCUGUUUGAACCCCCCAUCAGGUCCUCCUUCCUGGAAGGGGGCGCUAGCGGCCGUCUGGCUCGGCAGUUUCACGCUGACAUGGCCAGCGUUAGCGGCCGGUGGUAGGCCCCCAGGGACCCCCGGUACCCUCCGUGAUGGGCCCCAAGACGAGGCCUCAUUCUGGGCCUCUGACGCCCACUCUGCAGCCUCUCUGGGUGCUCGGCUGAUGGUGCCUGAUCUUAGAAUGUUUAACUGUUUUGUAUCCAAAAUAAGCCAUAGUUUACCCAAAAGUGUCAUUAGGAAAUAAGGGAUGUCUCAGAGAUUUAUGAAGUUCAGUCUUACUCCGUGUGGUUCCUAGAAGUGGACCAUAUGUGAGGCAUUUACACAUGACGGCUAUUGUGUUAGUCAUAAAGGUUGCUGUCAAGUAUUUUGUACAGUAUUUGUUGAAGUGAAUAGGUGGAAUGAUUAGUACAAUCUCAUACAUUGAUACCAUCUACUUGCAUAGUAUGCUGUUGGAUCAAUUACAUGCACUUUACCCAUUCUAGACUUUUACCUGUGAAAGCCAGAUUCCUCAAAUUGGAAUUCAUUUUGCAGUUUGUAUGACUCGAAUCACAGAUGUGAUUGUACCAAGCCAAUUGUUAGCACUUAUCGCAAAGGAGUAGGAAUAAGGUAAUAACGUCUAAGUGCCAAAGUGACUUCAACUCAACACCAGAGGAAUGACCUUUAACCCUUCUUAAUGUUUCUGUAGAUUUACUGAUCAGUAUUGCAACCAGUCAGCUGCUGUGGUUGGCUUGCAAUCUGUCACACAUAUUUUACAAAGCCCCAACAGUAUUGUAUAUUCAUUUAUUGGUUAUUUUAUCAUCAUUGUAGGAGGGGGGGGGGGGUACAGUAAUUGGUUUACAUGUAUUAUGUUGUGUUUUCCAUUUUUAUACCUUUAUAAGUUUCCGAGAUUCGUACUUCAUGUCUUUGUUGUUUUUUUAUGGAAAUGUUUUCACCUUGUUAAAUGCAUUUGUGGAGGUUUGUGGCUGUGCCAUUAGACCAAAGUGGAAAGCGAGAGAGAGAGAGAGACAGAAGUAGAGAUAUAUCUGUCAGUACCUUACAGGAGGUCUCUUUCUCUCUGAAUAUGACAGUUGGCAGUUUUCUGUGGUUUUCUUAGUGUGUCUAGUUAUCUGUCUGUGGGCUGUAAGUUUGCCUCUGCAUGUCUCUGUGUAUGGAAUCCAUUCAGCAGACACGCCUCUUCUUAAAGGAUCUGUGCUUUUCUCACACGUUUCAAUUACUGACUGUAUUUAGAGCAAUUAACGGAGCUAGUCAGUCGACUAAUGAAGAACGGUCAAACCCACUACUAUUCCUCAUGGUCUGCUGUUAGAAAGGUACUUCAAUACAGAGUUCCAAACUGUAACUCGACCGACAUGACGACCUCAGUUGAAGGGGCAGAACACUGUCCCUCUAACACCUUAUGGUAGAGAACAUCUCCGAGCGAGGACACAUCGUUUUGCACACAAAUCAAUGAAAGCGAUAAUAAUCACCAAACAAACUCCUGCUUUAAAUCACGUAAAGGCAGAGAAACACCAAAUAUAACUUGUGCAAUCAGGUAUCUGGAGAUCUUGUUCAACUGUAGAUGAAGAAACAGGACAAUGUGUGCAGAGCAAUGGUGCUCAUGGUCACAGUAUGUGGAUGCUGAGAAACUCCCCACGCUUAAUUUGGAAUCAUUUAGGAUGACUCUUACGACGUGGUUUUGGAUGAGCCCUUUAACAAAAAAAUACAUCCAAAUUUAGUUGGAUUAAGCACUUAACUUAACCAUGACAUCUUCUAUGAUGGUUCUGUGAUGAUCUGAUCAUUUAAAUAAGUAUAUAUAGUUUAUAGGUAUAACAAGACUAUUUGAUUGCCAUAAAAUGUUUUCGUGCCAAAAUGUAAGACUAUCUACUGACGACAAAGAAUAGUAGCAGUCUAAGUGCAUAUCAGGGGCGUUUUCACAAUGACAAGAAACUGCAUGAAACUGACUGCAUCCAAAUCCUGUCGCAGUAGUUAAGUAAUCAGGAACAGCAGACAGUUGGUUGGAGUCUCAGAAGAAGAAUCUAGAAUUCUAAUCACGCACGGCGAGAUGGUCUUGCAUGGUGCGUUCUCUGUCGAAGCAUCAUGGCCUCUAUCAAGCUGAACCUUUUUUCUUUUCAAAGCGUUCUUUAUGCAGUUACCAUGUUAGUAUUGCCGUUCAAUCCUGACAAGGUUGCCAUUGUCAAGUAGCAGUGUUUUUUGGUCCUUUUGUAUUACAUUAACUAUAAAAAGGGAUUGAGAAGACCAAGAGGUAGAAUAGAGGACUGAUCAAUUUCACUCAUCAUGGUACCAAACUGAGCACUGAUUCAAGAGUGUCAGUGCUGUUAACUUGCACUCAGCAGGUGUAUUUGUUAUCACUCAAGUGAAGUCUUCUCUAAGGGAAAUUUUGAUUUAAACUGUCAAGUUAAUGGUGUUACAAAUUAUUGAUGUGUUUUAUGUGGUCUAAUGAAAGGACUUGUUUGCAUUCAACGUUUACCAGGAGCCUGUCCACCAACCUCUCUACAGGAUGGCUAUGCAAUUACGUCUUUCACGUUUAUGUUGUACUCAUGUUCUAUCCAAAGGUUUGAAAGGGUCUAUUUUGUACUGUGUUCAAUAAAAUGGUACAUUUAUAAUGAAUGUAAACCACUAAGGAAUUCCAUAUGUUCUUACUUAGCUUUUGUGCAAAAGCUUCAUCCUUGAACAACAAUGUGUAUGGUUGUGUAAUACAUCUGUUUUUGUGUUAAAGACAGAAAGGUACAGUUUUACAUGACAAGGUCAAUCCCAGCCAUCUUGGAGAAACACAUCAUUGUUUUGUACGAUGGCUUCUGUUGACCCAGCUGUUAGUCAUUGUGUUCACUCUGUCACUACAUCUGUCAAUACACAGAUACCAAUAGAGCAUUGUUGUCGAAGUAACAAAAAUUACAAAAACUUUUCUUAUUGUUAUUGCAAUAAAUUUAAUAAGUAUGUGGACUGA